CAAACACGGCGGAUGUCUACAUCGUGGAGCGGCUGUUCUCCAGCAGUCUGGUGGUGGUGGUGAGUGCCGCCUUGCCGCAGCGGAUGAACAUCUAUCACUUUAAGAAAGGGACGGAGAUCUGUAACUACAGCUACCCCAGCAACAUCCUGGCCAUCAAGCUCAACAGACAGAGGCUGGUGGUGUUCCUGGAGGAGUCCAUUUAUGUCCACAACAUUAAAGACAUGAAACUUCUCAAGACUCUGCUCAACACUCCUUCCAACCCCUCAGGUCUUUGCGCUCUUUCCACCAAUCAGUCCAGCUCCUACCUGGCCUAUCCAGGCAGCGUCUCCUCUGGGGACAUCAUUGUACACGACACCAACACUUUGAGCACAGUGGCGAUGAUCCCGGCUCAUGACAGUCCUCUGGCAGCGCUGGCCUUCGACGCCUCAGCCACCAAACUGGCCAGCGCCUCGGAGAGGGGAACCGUGAUCCGAGUCUUUUCCCUUCCUGAGGGCGAGCGGCUCUUUGAGUUCCGCAGAGGCAUGAAGAGGUACGUCAGCAUCAGCUCCUUAUCCUUCAGCCCUGAUGGCCAAUUCCUCUGUGCUUCCAGCAACACAGAGACGGUCCACAUCUUUAAACUGGAACCACUGGGACCCAGUGCAGAGGAGGAGGCGGCUACAUGGACCGCCUACAUGGGGAAGAUGUUCUCAGCCGCCAGCAGCUACCUCCCCGGCCCGGUGUCCGGCAUGAUGAGCCAGGACCGGGCGUUCGCCACCGUCCACCUCGUCUCAUCCGGUCAGAGGAACGUCUGCACCCUGGUCACGAUCCAGAAGCUGCUGCGGCUGCUGGUGGCCACAGCUGACGGCCAACUGUUCAUCUACAACGUGAAUCCGCAGGAAGGAGGCGAGUGUCAGCUGGCCUACCAGCACAGGCUCCUUGGUGUUGAGGAGAGAGGAACGGAGUCAGAGGGAGGGCGGCCCACGCAGGAAAUGCUCUCCUCUCCGUCUUACGCUCAAACCGCUGCCUUACCCUCCCCCGCCUGUGCUCCUGCCACCCUCACAGGUUACUCUGAAGAUGGUGGGGCCAGAAAGGGAGAGGUGAUCCCUGAGCAUGAGUUUGCUGCAGGGCCUGUGUGUCUGGAUGACGAGAACGAGUUCCCUCCAGUGAGCCGAAGAUCCUGAUACCAGCUGGAUACCAGUAAGUAACAUCAGAGAUGU